CAGAAAGCUGAAAGUACAGGCAGGACAGAAAGCGAAACUGGGCGCAGCCCCCAGUAUAAGACCCCCCUGCCCAGGAGAUGGCUGCACACAAAGGCUGGCCCUGACAUGGGCCAGGUGACAGGAGGCCUUGGCUGGCGGCUCAGCCUGCUGCUGCUACCCUUGCUUCUGGUACAAGCUGGUGCCUGGGGGUUCCCAACAGGCCCCCUGAGCCUGCAGGAGCUGCGCAGGGAAUUCACAGUCAGCCUGUACCUUGCCAGGAAGCUGCUCUCUGAGGCUCAGGGCUAUGUCCACAGCUUUGCUGAAUCUCGAUUGCCAGGAGUGAGCUUGGACCUUCUGCCUCUGGGACAACAUCUCCCCAAUGUUUCCCUGAUCUUCCAGGCAUGGCGUCAUCUCUCUGACCCAGAGAGGCUCUGUUUCCUUUCCACCACUCUCCAGCCCUUCCCUGCCCUGCUGGGAGGGCUGGAGAGCCAAGGGACCUGGACCAGCUCAGAGAGGGUGCAGCUGUGGGCCAUGAGGCUGAAUCUCCGGGACCUCCACAGGCACUUACGGUUCCAGGUGCUGGCUGCAGGGUUCAACUGCUCUGAGGAGGAAGAGGAGGAAGAAGAAGAAAGGAAGGGGCUGCUCCUAGGGGCUCUGGAUGGCCCCAAUCAGGUGUCAUCCCAAGUGUCCUGGCCCCAGCUGCUCUAUACCUACCAGCUCCUACACUCCUUGGAGCUUGUCCUGUCUCGGGCUGUUCGGGACUUGAUGUUGUUGACCUUGCCCCAGCACCCAGGCCCAGCUUGGGGUUCCUAAACCUAGCUUCCAGCCCUCUGGAGGGACUUUUAAGCUCCCUUCCCACAUCCACUAAGACUCUAAGGCUGGAGUCUGGCAGACAGUCCAGGACAGUCUCUGGCCCGUUUGCCUUAGACCAGGGUUUCACUAGUCCCCAGCCCUAACCCAAUAACUUAAAAGCCCAACAGUCCUCACCAGAUAUUUAUUUCUUGGAUAUUUAUUUAUUUUUAGAAAAUGAUGGUUUAUUUAUUGUUUCAUUCUUGAGUUAGGCCACCAUGCUGGGUGCCUAAUAAAG